GAUGGGACUGUUAUUUUCGCUGCUGUACUUGGUGGCAGAGUUUGGUCUGAGUUCGCAGCAAGUCCUUAGAAUCGGGGGUAUAUUUGAGACCCUUGAGAAUGAGCCUAUAAGCGUGGAAGAACUGGCCUUCAAAUUUGCUGUGACCAACAUAAACAGAAACAGGACCUUAAUGCCAAACACCACUCUGACCUACGACAUCCAGAGAAUAAACCUAUUUGACAGCUUUGAGGCUUCCAGAAGAGCCUGUGAUCAGCUGGCUCUGGGCGUGGCCGCCGUGUUCGGGCCGUCUCACAGCUCCUCGGUCAGCGCCGUCCAGUCCAUCUGCAAUGCGCUGGAGGUGCCUCACAUCCAGACCCGCUGGAAGCACCCGUCCGUGGACAACAAGGACAGCUUCUACAUCAACCUCUACCCCGACUACGCCUCCAUCAGCCGGGCGGUGCUGGACAUCGUGCAGUUCUACAAGUGGAAGGCGGUCACCGUUGUCUAUGAGGAUGCAACCGGGUUAAUUCGUCUGCAAGAGUUGAUCAAAGCCCCGUCCAGAUACAGCAUCAAGAUCAAAAUCCGCCAGCUCCCAGCUGGAAACAAGGACGCGAGGCCGCUACUCAAGGAGAUGAAGAAAGGGAAGGAGUUUUACGUCAUCUUCGACUGCUCUUAUCAAACAUCUGCAUAUGUCCUCAAGCAGCUGCUGUCCAUGGGAAUGAUGACCGAGUAUUACCACUUCUUCUUCACCUCUCUGGACCUGUUUGCCCUGGACCUGGAGCCGUACCGCUACAGUGGCGUCAACAUGACGGGCUUCCGGCUCCUCAACAUCGACAGCCCUCAGGUGGCCGCUGUGGUGGACAAGUGGUCCAUGGAGCGCCUGCAGGCUCCGCCCAAGCCUGAGACGGGGCUGCUGGACGGCAUGAUGACGACGGAGGCAGCCCUGAUGUACGAUGCUGUGUACAUGGUUGCAGCGGCGUCCCAGCGAGCCUCCCAGAUCACGGUCAGCUCCCUACAAUGCCACCGGCACAAGCCCUGGCGCUUCGGCUCACGGUUCAUCAACAUGUUCAAAGAGGUGCAAUGGGGCGGCUUGACGGGCCAAAUCGUAAUAAACAAGACAGAUGGCUUGAGGAAGGAUUUUGACCUGGACGUCAUCAGCCUGAAGGAGGAUGGCAUGGAGAAGAUUGGUGUAUGGAACUCCAACACUGGCCUUAAUUUGACUGACAGCAACAAAGACAAGUCAACAAAUGUCACAGACUCAAUGGCAAAUCGGACGCUCAUAGUCACAACAAUUCUGGAAAAUCCCUAUGUGAUGCACAAGAAGUCUGACAAGCCAUUGUAUGGAAAUGACCGCUUUGAGGGCUACUGUCUGGACCUGUUGAAGGAGUUGUCCAACAUUCUGGGUUUCUCAUAUGAGGUGAAACUUGUCUCUGACGGCAAGUACGGAGCGCAGAAUGACAAAGGGGAGUGGAAUGGCAUGGUCAGAGAGCUCAUAGACCACGUGGCUGACCUGGCUGUCGCUCCUCUGACGAUCACCUAUGUGCGGGAGAAAGUCAUCGACUUCUCCAAACCCUUCAUGACUCUGGGCAUUAGUAUUCUCUACCACAAGCCCAACGGCACCAACCCGGGGGUGUUCUCCUUCCUCAACCCGCUGUCCCCAGACAUCUGGAUGUAUGUGCUGCUGGCCUGCCUGGGGGUUAGCUGUGUGCUGUUUGUCAUCGCCAGGUUUACCCCAUACGAGUGGUACAACCCUCACCCGUGCAACCCUGACUCAGAUGUGGUGGAGAACAACUUCACCCUGAUCAACAGUGUAUGGUUCGGCGUGGGAGCUCUGAUGCAGCAAGGAUCAGAGCUGAUGCCCAAAGCUCUUUCCACGAGGAUCGUUGGAGGAAUCUGGUGGUUCUUCACGCUGAUCAUUAUCUCCUCCUAUACUGCCAACUUAGCUGCCUUCCUCACGGUGGAGAGGAUGGACUCGCCCAUCGACUCGGCCGACGACUUGGCCAAGCAGACGAAAAUCGAGUACGGCGCCGUAAGAGACGGCUCGACCAUGACAUUCUUCAAGAAAUCCAAGAUCUCCACGUAUGAGAAGAUGUGGGCGUUCAUGAGUAGCCGGAAGAACACGGCCCUGGUGAAGAACAACCGCGAGGGCAUCCAGAGAGUGCUGACCACGGACUACGCGCUGCUCAUGGAGUCCACCAGCAUCGAGUACAUCAGCCAGAGGAACUGCAACCUCACGCAGAUCGGAGGCCUCAUCGACUCCAAAGGCUACGGAGUAGGGACCCCCAUUGGAUCUCCGUACCGGGACAAGGUGACCAUCGCCAUCCUGCAGCUGCAGGAGGAGGGCAAGCUGCACAUGAUGAAGGAGAAGUGGUGGCGCGGUAACGGCUGCCCCGAGGAGGACAGCAAGGAGGCCAGCGCUCUGGGCGUGGAGAACAUCGGCGGCAUCUUCAUCGUGCUGGCCGCCGGCCUCGUGCUCUCCGUGUUCGUGGCCAUCGGCGAGUUCAUCUACAAGUCGCGCAAGAACCUGGACAUGGAGGAGGUGAGUGUCGGCCAGUGCGAGUGGCACAACAAGUACUGACCCGAGAGCGGGUGUGGCCCCCCCCCACCACCGAGAGUCCCCUUUGGUGCACGACGCGACUUGUGGAUAUUGAUCGGUUGAUCGACGAUCGAUUUCACGAUCAUGCGAUCAGGGUGUUAUAGUGCCCAACGUUGGUUUGGGAUGUCGUCCCACGCAGAUCAGCUGGCCGUGUAUCCAACAGAUGCUUUGGAGGUUUGAGGUUGGAGUUGUGACUGGUGCCUGGACUUGCCACCAAGGACUUCACCAUGUUGUAGAUUAGUCCAUGUUUGAUUUAGCGGUUAGAGUGGAAAGAAAACUUGAAGACAUGUUUCUCUUUACACAGAU